AUGACAACAACAACAACAACAGAGACAAUAAUAGAUUUAUCAAACUUGAAUAUAUUUAAUAUUAUCGUAUCGAUUGAUGAUGGAGUCGAUUUAAUAUGCUUUUUGUUGACUUGUAAAAGGUUCUAUCGAAUUGGACGAGAUAGUAAAACACUACAGUUUAAACUACAGUGUUUGGGAACACCAUUGAUCGCAUCCACCAAGGCUCCUUUUGGAUUCAAGGCAUUCACUCCAACCAUGAAUGCAAUCAUCCACCGAUUUCAUCUAACAUCGUUUGUCAAUCUAUUCAAAAGAUCGACAUCGAAUAUUCUCGUUGUAGGUGAUUCAAAGGUUAUUGUCAACCAAAACCACAAUGACAAUGAUAUUACUCAUUGUAUUCUCACUCAUUACAACAAAUUUGGAGAUGUGCCUCGAUCUACAACUCAUCUUGUCAUACCAGAGGACGCGUUGGUAUCAGAGACACUUGGUGUAGAUAUCCUCCCUCCAAAUAUCGAGUCAUUGACGCUACUGGAUUAUUACGGACAACCUAUCAAACAAGGUGACCUACCUGCCAAACUAAAGCACCUCAAUAUUACACUCAACCAACUGCUUCCAGGUGCACUCCCAUCAACGUUGGAGUCGCUUAGGUUUGACGGGUUUGAUGAUUUCCACACACACACAUUGGCACCAAAUAUGUAUUCUCAGUGUAGUCGUCUCACUCGACUACAUCUAGGUCUCUGUCAAUUGGUGCUUGACCCUGCCUACGGUAGGGUACCACUCUCUGACCUCUUUCCCGUCACUUUGCUCACCCAUUUGUCAUCGUAUGAAGAGGUUUCAGUUACUCUACUAAAGGAGUGUUGCAAUCUCGAGGUUUUAAAGGUUCCACAUAAUAAUAUCAAGCAUAUUGACCUAUCUAAACACUUUCCCAAGCUUUGGUCACUCACUCUCCAAUCUAUAAGAGAUGAUAUAGACCCACAAUUGUCAAUUCCACCAUCGAUCAAAAGACUACGUCUCUGUCUUGGACGAACCAAUCAGUCUUUGAAAGGGGUCAUUCCCCAAGGUGUCGAGUACCUCAUUCUUGAAAGCUACUCUCAACCCGUCAGAAAGGGUGAUAUUCCAGACAGUGUUAAAUCAUUGGUUUGGAAGACACCCAACGAUCCCGAGUUGAUUGUGUUGCCAAGUAAUCUACAAAAGCUUAAACUCACCUACUCUUACGAUCAAGAGCCAAUUAUUCCAUCACCUCUACCACCAGCCCUCACCAAACUGGUCUUUGGUAGCAGUGUCCAAGGUGAUAUGAAACUGUCACUUCCAGAGACUACCACCUACUUGUAUUUCCAUGUCGAUCAUGACACCAACAUCCCACAGGCAUUCAAAGGUGAUUGCAUUCCUUUACAUCUCAAGACAUUAAACCUAUUCGUCGUUUUUAAACAAGAGUCUGACGACAAUACUCGUAUUUGUAUAGAUGAUAUUAUUUAUCAUUCAAAUAUUGACAAGUUGAUAUUAACAUUCUACCAAACUGGACAAGUUGAAUUCAAAAUUCGACGAGACAAUAAUAAUAAUAAUAAUAAUAAUAAUAAUAUUUUAAUGGUUGAUUCAGAAUCAAUGUUUGGUGGUUACCUUCCAAUCAAGGGUCAUCAACAACAACAAAAGAAAUUAUAUUUAGAUUUACAAAAAAGAUCUCCCAUUCAAGAUACUCCAUAUAAUAUUAUAUCAUUAUUAUUAUUAGAUUAG